UAAAUUCUUUGCACGGAUGCGCUGGUUUUCGGAAACAAUGCCGCCACCAUCCCCGUUUCCAAAUCUGCCCAGAACUGUAAAUCCAAAUGAAGAUUCAACAGAAUAAAGAAAAUGUGUGCUUCUUGCUAGCUAUCAACAAAACUACUUUGUAACAUGUCAGCAUUUAAGGUUUCUACAUUCCCUUUUGCACAUUGCCACUCGUCUGUGUGGAUGGAGCUUUGUGUUGCUCAGUCCGUAGAGUUAGGGAGCAGGCAGGCGACAGUGGUUAAUUACAAAGAGUUAAUGUGGUGAUUGGUGACCAUAUUUCAGCCUGUCGUUUUUUGCUAGUCUCCAGGCUGCAAUCGAUAUAGCUGUCAAAUGAAGUUAUACCAAGAAAUGAAGACUUCACAUAAUGCAGGGGUGAGAGGAGGGAAUAAAUCUUCAUAUAAGAGCAAUUCUCGGCCGGGCGCUGUGGCUCACGCCUGUAAUCCCAGCACUUUGGGAGGCCGAGGCGGGUGGAUCACGAGGUCAGGAGAUCGAGACCAUCCUGGCUAACACGGUGAACCCCGUCUCUACUAAAAAAUACAAAAAAUUAGCCGGGCGUGGUGGCGGGCGCCUGUAGUCCCAGCUCUUCGGGAGGCUGAGGCAGGAGAAUGGCAUGAACCCGGGAGGCGAAGCUUGCAGUGAGCCGAGAUCGCACCACUGUCUAGCCUGGGCGAAAGAGCAAGACUCCGUCUCAAAAAAAAAAAAAAAAAAAAGAACAAUUCUCAAACUUUUUAUUCUCAGGACCCCUUUACCUUUCAAAAAUUAUCGUGGACCUAAGAGCUUCUGUUUGUAUGCUGCUGCACUGUUUCAUUUUGGUUUAAGAUGAAGAAAAUCCCACCUCACAGUCAUAUGAAGUUGGAAAGAAGAAUAUUUUAAUAGCUUUUUAAAGAUAAUCAUGGAUGUUCUUUGAUAUCACAUCAAAGUUUGACGAAUCAUGGCUUUUUAAAGAGUUGGUGGUUCCAGGAUUUUACUCAGAAUGACGUUAGGAAGAGAAGUGGUGUCUCCUCUUCAGGCAGUGUCUUCCUAUACUGUGGCUGGCAGAAAUGUUUUAAGAUGGGAUCUUUCACCAGAGCAAAUUAAAACAAGAACUGAGGAGCUCAUUGUGCAGACCAAACAGGUGUACGAUGCUGUUGGAAUGCUCGGUAUUGAGGAAGUAACUUACGAGAACUGUCUGCAGGCACUGGCAGAUGUAGAAGUAAAGUAUAUAGUGGAAAGGACCAUGCUAGACUUUCCCCAGCAUGUAUCCUCUGACAAAGAAGUACGAGCAGCAAGUACAGAAGCAGACAAAAGACUUUCUCGUUUUGAUAUUGAGAUGAGCAUGAGAGGAGAUAUAUUUGAGAGAAUUGUUCGUUUACAGGAAACCUGUGAUCUGGGGAAGAUAAAACCUGAGGCCAGACGAUACUUGGAAAAGUCAAUUAAAAUGGGGAAAAGAAAUGGGCUCCAUCUUCCUGAACAAGUACAGAAUGAAAUCAAAUCAAUGAAGAAAAGAAUGAGUGAGCUAUGUAUUGAUUUUAACAAAAACCUCAAUGAGGAUGAUACCUUCCUUGUAUUUUCCAAGGCUGAACUUGGUGCUCUUCCUGAUGAUUUCAUUGACAGUUUAGAAAAGACAGAUGAUGACAAGUAUAAAAUUACCUUAAAAUAUCCACACUAUUUCCCUGUCAUGAAGAAAUGUUGUAUCCCUGAAACCAGAAGAAGGAUGGAAAUGGCUUUUAAUACAAGGUGCAAAGAGGAAAACACCAUAAUUUUGCAGCAGCUACUCCCACUGCGGGCCAAGGUGGCCAAACUACUCGGUUAUAGCACACAUGCUGACUUCGUCCUUGAAAUGAACACUGCAAAGAGCACAAGCCGCGUAACAGCCUUUCUAGAUGAUUUAAGCCAGAAGUUAAAACCCUUGGGUGAAGCAGAACGAGAGUUUAUUUUGAAUUUGAAGAAAAAGGAAUGCAAAGACAGGGGUUUUGAAUAUGAUGGGAAAAUCAAUGCCUGGGAUCUAUAUUACUACAUGACUCAGACAGAGGAACUCAAGUAUUCCAUAGACCAAGAGUUCCUCAAGGAAUACUUCCCAAUUGAGGUGGUCACUGAAGGCUUGCUGAACACCUACCAGGAGUUGUUGGGACUUUCAUUUGAACAAAUGACAGAUGCUCAUGUUUGGAACAAGAGUGUUACACUUUAUACUGUGAAGGAUAAAGCUACAGGAGAAGUAUUGGGACAGUUCUAUUUGGACCUCUAUCCAAGGGAAGGAAAAUACAAUCAUGCGGCCUGCUUCGGUCUCCAGCCUGGCUGCCUUCUGCCUGAUGGAAGCCGGAUGAUGGCAGUGGCUGCCCUCGUGGUGAACUUCUCACAGCCAGUGGCAGGUCGUCCCUCUCUCCUGAGACACGACGAGGUGAGGACUUACUUCCAUGAGUUUGGUCAUGUGAUGCAUCAGAUUUGUGCACAGACUGAUUUUGCACGAUUUAGUGGAACAAAUGUGGAAACUGACUUUGUAGAGGUGCCAUCGCAAAUGCUUGAAAAUUGGGUGUGGGACGUCGAUUCCCUCCGAAGAUUGUCAAAACAUUAUAAAGACGGAAGCCCUAUCUCAGACGAUCUGCUUGAAAAACUUGUUGCUUCUAGGCUGGUCAACACAGGUCUUCUGACCCUGCGCCAGAUUGUUUUGAGCAAAGUUGAUCAGUCUCUUCAUACCAACACAUCGCUGGAUGCUGCAAGUGAAUAUGCCAAAUACUGCUCAGAAAUAUUAGGAGUUGCAGCUACUCCAGGCACAAAUAUGCCAGCUACCUUUGGACAUUUGGCAGGGGGAUACGAUGGCCAAUAUUAUGGAUAUCUUUGGAGUGAAGUAUUUUCCAUGGAUAUGUUUUACAGCUGUUUUAAAAAAGAAGGGAUAAUGAAUCCGGAGGUUGGAAUGAAAUACAGAAACCUAAUCCUGAAACCUGGGGGAUCUCUGGACGGCAUGGACAUGCUCCACAAUUUCUUGAAACGUGAGCCAAACCAAAAAGCGUUCCUAAUGAGUAGAGGCCUGCAUGCUUCGUGAACUGGGGAUCUUUGGUAGCCGUCCAUGUCUGGAGGACAAGUCGACAUCACCAUGUGUUACUGGCCUGGAAACUGAAGGGAGUUUUGCAAGUGAAAAUUUAGAUUUCUAUUGACAUCCUUUUGUUUUCUAAUUUUAAAAAUUAUAAAGAUGUAAAUGGAAUUAUAAAUACUGUGACCUAAGAAAAGACCCACUAGAAAGUAAUUGUACUAUAAAAUUUCAUAAAACUGGAUUUGAUUUCUUUUUAUGAAAGUUUCAUAUGAAUGUAACUUGAUUUUUUACUAUUAUAAUCUAGAUAAUAUGAUAUAAGAGGGCUAAGAAUUUUUAAAUUGAAUCAUAUACAUGGUAUAAUUUGAUCCUUCUUGUAUCUUGAAGUUUUGUACUUGGGAUUUCUGGACUGAUAAAUGAAUCAUCACAUUCUUCUGGUAAAUAUUUUCUUGGAGCUCUGUGUCAACUUUGAUCCUUUGUCUCCCAGGAAGGUGUGACCUCUCCUUUGCCUGCAUACCUCAAGGCCAGGGGAAUAUGCCCCAGUGAUGCAUUUAUCUUUGUAUAUCAGGCCGCAUGAUUCCCAACUUUCUGCCACACUUAAAUUACGUUCCUCCAUUUCAGUUUUGUCUUUUCUGUCUAAAGUUCAGUCAAAGAGUAUCAAAAAAUUAUGUUUCAGCUAGACUGGUGUAAUGUAUAAGUUUUUGUAUCUUGUAUUAGAGGAUUUCGUAGCUUGUAUUAGAGGCUCAUUUCCACCUCAGCAUACAAGAUCAUUAGUCUUUUGGCAUGUGUGCCAAUUAGAAUACUAAAGCAAGUCCAAGCACAUUUUUCUCUUCUCAUGUUUCUAAUAAGUGUUAGGGACUUUGCCUCUUUUGCUUACCACGUCCCCAAAAGUGUCAGGUAGACAUGUCACAAAUGGCUCUGUAGAGAGCCAUGGGAAGAGAGAGGAGGUGGAUGUGGAACAUAAAGGGUUCAGAAACUCCAGAAGAGGAGUGGGUUUUGGACAGAAGCAUUUGAGGACAGCUGCUCCAAAGCCUUAUGUGUAUGAUGAAACUUAACCACAGGGAAGAGACUCUUCAGUAGCCUGUUCUGUCUGGUGAUUUUUAUUUUAAGUGAACCUUUGGAUCUAUCUUUAACUCUCUUUAUUGUGAGUCUAAAUUCCAAUUCUGCAGCAGAUCAGUAAACUCACAGUAUUUUUCCUGUGGAAAUCUAUUCAAUAAGGAAACCAAGACAGGAUAAUAAAAUUAAAAAAAAAAAAAAAAAACUUUGAAUUCCCCUGCCUAGGUCUUCCAGUUGUUUUCCAGUGCAUACCUCAGGUAUGACUUUGCUAGCCGGGGACAAAAUUAGCACCUUCCGAUUCUCUAGUCCAAAUGAACUUUGUGCUAAAUAAAAAAUUAUUAUACUACAUAAUAAAAUUACAGACAGCAGGAAAUGCAAGAGCUAGGAGAUUCCUAGAUUAUAUCUGCCAAGCAAAUACCUUAAACAUCCACCUGAAAUCCUACUACCCCCUCUUCCGAGAUAAUUUGCCCAGCCCUUCUCUUCCCCACACUCACUCAAUGUCACCCCCCUCUAAUCCCCACAACUGUUUUUGUGGUCUUUGUAGCCUAUAGUAGUUUUCUCACAUCUUUCCCCCUAGACUUUUCUGUUUUCCAGUUUCAGAAAAAAAAAACUCUUCAGCUUUUUCCAGUGUGUCUCCUUAACAGUAACUUUACCACUUGAAAUCUUAUUUCAUAGAAAAACUAAAUUGGUGUGGAAAGGCUGCACACAAUAAAGUUAUAUUAUUAUCCAUGAAAA